AUGCCAGCUCCAAUAAGUGACCAAGCUCCGUUCGUGAUUCUCGAUACAACAAUGGGUAAAGUUGCUUUGGAGCUUUACUGGAAUCAUGCUCCACGCACUUGUCAAAACUUCUCACAACUGGCGAAAAGAAAUUAUUAUAACGGAACUAUUUUUCAUCGCAUCAUUGCUGAUUUCAUGAUUCAAGGAGGAGACCCAUCUGGGACAGGUCGUGGUGGAGCUUCGAUCUACGGUGACAAGUUUGCGGAUGAAAUUGAUGAGCGUUUGAAACACACCGGGGCUGGAAUUCUUUCAAUGGCUAAUGCAGGACCAAACACCAAUGGAUCACAGUUCUUCAUCACACUUGCACCGACUCAGCAUCUCGACGGAAAGCAUACAAUUUUUGGACGAGUUGCCGCUGGAAUGAAGGUCAUCGCUAACAUGGGACGAGUGGAUACUGACAAUCACGAUCGCCCGAAAACUGAAAUUCGAAUUCUCAGAGCCUAUCCAUCGGAUUCAUCAGUUCUCUCUUAA